CCAAGCUGUCGCACGCGCAUAUCGCUGAUACCGAAACGCGGUAUAAAAGAGGACGUGCCCUUAAACCGGACCAAUUCUCCUCGAAACUUGUGCGAAGUACGACCUAAAAAAUGGCGGAUUUAGAACCAAUGCAUGGCGAAAACGACACCGAGGGGGUGAUCGUCGCCAAGGGGGUGUCUAUGGUGGUUUUGUUUUGCGCUUGUAUGAUAUGUGGUCUCGUGCCAAUGUUUGUGGCGAGGCGAUUCAAUUGGAUAACUCCCGAUGAAGCCGGCUCCUUGAAAUCCAAAAACAAAAUUGUCAUGACCUUGCUCUCGUUUGGCGGCGGUGUGCUUCUGUCGACCACCUUCUUGCAUUUACUCCCUGAGGUCGAUCAUAACAUCAUACAUUUACAAGAGAAGGGUCUCAUGCAAGAGUUCGACUUCGCAUUGGCGCCCCUUUUGAUGAUAUGCGGCUUCUUCGUGAUGUACCUUGUCGAGGAGUUGGUGCACAUUUAUUUACGUAGGAGGGAGAAACAGAGCGGUCAGGCGUCCCCUUUAGUGAGGAAUCUGAGUGUACGGAGGAGUGUGGUCAGUAGUGAUGGCAAGAAUAACGGAGAAAAGAGCGUUACAAACUCCACUGUCGAUCUUAUUGACCCAAACUCAAUUAGGAAGAAUAAGGAUGUAGAAGUAAACCACAGUCACAGCGGGCACGGUCACAGCCAUCUUCCUGUUAGCAAAGUGGAUGAUGUUAACUCAGCCAUCCGUGGUUUGCUCGUCGUGUUAGCCCUCUCUAUACACGAACUGUUUGAGGGUCUAGCCGUUGGCUUGGAAUCCAGCACAGCACAUGUUUGGUACAUGUUGGGAGCUGUAGCAGCCCACAAGCUCGUCAUUGCCUUCUGUAUAAGCGUGGAACUAGUCGCCAUUCGCACUAAGACAUGGUUGACCGUGGUUUACAUAGUCGUAUACGCCAUUGUCUCACCUAUGGGUAUAGCCAUCGGUAUUAUCCUUGUUGGAGGCGAAGGGGCGACGGCUGCUGGAGUAUACUCUGUGGUACUGCAGGGGUUGGCGUCUGGAACACUCCUGUAUGUCAUAUUCUUUGAAAUCUGGAAGAGUGACAGAGAAGGCAUUCUGCAAUACAUUGCUGCGGUCGCUGGUUUCGGAUUGAUGUUCGGAUUGCAGCUCUUGACUGGACACUCGCACAGCCACUCCCAUGGUGGUGGUGACUCAGAAGGCGAUCACGGACACAGCCACGACCGCCGUUAAAGCUAAUACCCCUUAUUGUUAAUUAUUAUUAAGAUACAGCCAGUCCAAAUGAUUAAAUAUACUAUUAACUGUCGGUCAAUAAGACGAAACUUAAAAUUUACAUAAGCGAAGUACGAGUAAGGAGAAGUUAGAAAUCUUCUGUACGGGAGCCUAGUGCUAACGCUUCGUCCUUUCUACCCAUAAACUUCUAUUGUGGAAAGGGUUUCCAGAAUUUACAUAAUCCACACCUAUUAUUUCCCUUAUCUGUGCCUCGACUCUGCGACUUGCUUGAUACAAUCGAGGGGGAUCAAACGCCUUGAACGUCUAAUGCCCAAAUUCAAGAAGCUAUUUGUUUAGCUCUCGUACGGAUGUCCUCAUUUUUGGUUGUUGUCAUUGUCCAUAUGCGCUUUCCAUCAUCCGCUGGCUGAGAAAGGGACAUUUAAGAACCGAAUUCCUUUAAUAGCAUAAUGCAGUUUGAGGUAUUUUGGAAAUCAUAACCACACGGUUCCGAACCUUUUCCAUUAGAGUUGGAUUCGGAGCCUUAUCUGUUUUUCAGAAUAUUAUCUACCCUCUUGUCUGUUUUAAAUUCGGUCCGUCAAUUUAUAUCGUGCACUCGCUAUACUUCAUAGACAGAAACUUUUCUUGUUAUACUUUUUAGCGUAGUUGAUAAAUAUUCCGGGUUACUAACCAAUAUUACUUCUAGAAUCUUACGUCAAUACCUUCGACGCAUUUAUGACGCGAUAUUAUUACGUGCUGUCCGCUUAUUACUUUCAACUUACCGUGUAUUUAGUACCUAAACACCUGAGCUAUAUGGAGUUUUGGUAGUAAUAAUUUAGACUCGCUUUAAAUAAUCUAAAUAAAUCUUUAAUCAUUGGACAUUAUUGACUAGUUUGUAUUUAGUUUGUAACUUAAAUAUAAUAUAAUUCAAGUGCAAUCAAAAUGUUUGGACAUGGGUCUUCAUUUAUGUUACUAAGUGAUAUCCAGCCUAAGGUAUCGUUAGCGUUUCAUCGGAGUUGAUUGCUUUCAUUAAAUUUUUUCGUAUUACAAGCAUUGAAUUGUGCAAGCUCUUUUGUUGCUAUCCGAUUUUUGGACGUCAGCCUGGAGUAGUUUGUUUUCUGAGAGGUCUUUUAUGAACGCAUUUAUAUAACGUAAGCCCUUGAUAGAUUUUAUGGAUCCAGUAGCUUAGAGGUGAGAAAGCCUUGACAGUAUGACUAGAAAGACCCAAAGUAGAAGUAGUUACUAGGUAUGAUAAAUAAAGCGGUCCGCAGACUUCGUAUUAGUAAAAAUGACGAAUAUAAACUUGUAGACCACUAUUAUACCUAUAGUAAUGUCUGGUAAAAGUCUCCUCUCUAGACAGAGAGAAGACAUUUUUGGAGUCUAGACCAGUGAUAGUUAGCAGCUCAAAAAAGUAUGCUUAUUUUAUUUGUAAAAAUCAGUCAAACACCUAUUAGAGUUGAGCCCCUAAUGGCGAAUGGUAAAAGAGAACGUAUAAAUAGUUAUUUCGUUCGACUUGUUAUACCACUGUUUCGAAAAUACUGAACGGCAAUGUUAUGUUAGACUAAAAAACCAGUCCACUAAUUAAUAUUAAUAAUUAUAACAUAAGUUAAACAUUAAUCUAUUCACGUUAGUUACAGAAAGCGUUUUAUGUUGAUAUUAAAAAAAACUUACAUAUAACAAUUCCAAGAAAAAUCCUUGCCGAAAAAGCUUAUUUCUAACUAUGCAGUCUCAAAAAAAAUAUUUUCAAUAAAGACGAAUGAAUUUUAUUUAUAAAUAUUUCAAGUCGUUAACCAAUAGUCACUAAAAUAAACAAAAUGACAGACAGCCUAAGUUCGUCGUUCCAACCAUCUUGGUAAAAAAAAAUUAAAUGAUUAUUUCUGCGUUUCCUUGCCCAUCAUCCGAUUACGUCGUAACUGUUAUUUCUAAACAUAAUAUUGACUAGAUAAUUAGGUAAAAUAAGCAUGCUUUUGUACAAAACGGUUCAAGAGUUAAAGUAGAAUUAAGAGUGAAGAGUGAAGACCCCAUGUCCUUUGUAAAUAAGAAUGAGGUAAAUAAGAUUUAAAGAUUUUAUUGUUGGCUAAUGGUAAUGCAACAGAAUGGCUGCAUAAGCGUUGAGAGAACAAAAUUAAAAACUAACGAACAAUUCACUGAAACUGAUCACUAAUUUUGGGAAUAAAAAAUGGUUGUAAUUUUUAAACAAUCUAGUCAAUUUAUUGGACUAUUGACAUCAAUACGGUUAGGUACAGCCAGUAUGAAAUAUAAGAGGCAAUGUUAAGAUUUAUUGAAGUGAAACUUCUUAUGCAGCAAUACGACACAUUUUGGACUACUACUGAGAGUUACAUUUUAGCCACCUUUAGUUUUUCGUCAAAACCUAUAAAGGAAUAACGUAGAAAGAAGGAGGAAGAGCUAAGCGUGGUAAGUGUCAUAAAUAAUGCAACGGUUUACACUCAACACAAAUGGAUAGAAUAAGAAAAAGUCGCGCUCGCACGCGUUUUUUAAGAGGUUGACUUCUAUCACGUCUACGUUAUUUAUUUAAUAUGUUACUAUCGUACGGUAAUAAACUCGAUUUGUUUUUACCUUGCUGCUAUCAGCAAAGAGUAAAUUGUAAUUAACACAACCACUGAAGCAGAUAUUAAUAGGGUUCAAUGUUAAAAAAUAGUUGCCUGCUUGUUAUAAAUUACACAAUGUAAAAAUCUUGUUGUUCUCCUUUUCUUGUUCUUUUCAAACAACAGAGGUUAGAACCUCGUGCCUCAUAGGCAAGUACAAGGAAUAAUAACGCUGUGUUCAAAACACUCAGCCUUAGUGUUUAAGAGAAAAAUAUUUAAUUAUAUAUUAUAAGUUCUCAUUAAAUAUUCUUUUUAUACUGUUUUUCCCUGGGAUUCAUUUGUACUUAUACAUGUGUGAAUUGUGCUAAGUAAAAUAUUAUGUAACUAAAACAUUUAGAUAUAGUUAUGAAAGCCCGAACAUAAAAAUAUGAAUUUAUUAAGAAAAAAUACUAGUGUACACCAAAAUAAUUAUAGAAGUUCUAUAGCCGUAAUAAUUGCUAACCUACGUAAAGGAUGCCAAUUAAUACCGUAUGUUUUAUUAUUAGUGUAAUAUAAAUUUUGUGUACUGUCAACUUUGAGAGACUACUCGACAUCGUGGACUCUUGGACUAUUUUUAAUGCCAUUAGCAAUUUAGUCUGUGAUAUAAUUAAUUGCUAAGUAAUAUACUAGUAGUGAUAAAACACAUUUUUGUAUACAGAUAACAUACCUACUUAAAA